AUGGCCGCGCAAGCAGAGGAGGCCCUCAAAGGGCUCAAAUUCGCUGAUGACAAGACCGAUGGCAAGCCCGCCGCCCACGACGAAGAGGACGGCGACGACUCCGAAGAAGAGCCUGCCAACGGCGCUGACGCGGGAACCGGCGCCGCCAAAAAGAAGAAGAAGAGAAAGCCCAGAAAGAAGAAGAAGAACCCGACGAGCCAGACGGAGCCGCCGACGGUUAAGCUGAGCCUGCUGUUCCCCAACAAGACGUACCCCAAAGGCGAGGAGGUCGAGUACAAGGACGACAAUCGUUACCGCACGACGGACGAGGAGAAGCGACACCUGGACAACCUCAACAGUGACUUCCUGAGCGACUACCGCGAGGCGGCCGAGAUCCACCGACAGGUGCGCCAGUACGCGCAAAAGUCAAUCAAGCCAGGUCAGACUCUGACCGAAAUCGCCGAGGGCAUCGAGAACAGCGUGCGCGCGCUGACGGGCCACGACGGCCUGACCGAGGGUGACCCGAUGGUGGCGGGCAUGGGCUUCCCGUGCGGGCUGAGCCUGAACCACUGCGCGGCGCACUACACGCCCAACGCGGGCAACAAGAUGCUGCUGCAGUCGGCCGACGUGAUGAAGGUGGACUUUGGCGUGCACGUCAACGGGCGCAUCGUCGACUCGGCCUUCACCAUGUCGUUUGAGCCGCAGUACGACAACCUGCUGGCGGCGGUGCGCGCGGCGACCAACGCGGGCAUCCGCGAGGCCGGCAUCGACGCGCGCGUCGGCGAGAUCGGCACGGUCAUCCAGGAGACGAUGGAGAGCUACGAGGUGGAGAUUGGCGGCACGACGUACCCGGUCAAGAGCAUCCGCAACCUGACGGGCCACAACAUCUUGCCGUACAGCAUCCACGGGACCAAGUCGGUGCCGAUCGUCAAGAGCAACGACCAGACCAAGAUGGAGGAGGGCGACGUCUUCGCCAUCGAGACGUUUGGCAGCACUGGCAACGGAUACGUGCGCGACGACGGCGAGGUCUCGCACUACGCCAAGAACGACGUCGGCCAUGUCGACCUCCGUCUGAGCUCGGCCAAGACGCUGCUGAACGCGAUUAACAAGAGCUUCGGCACGUUGCCGUUUUGCAGACGCUAUCUGGACCGCAUGGGCCACGACAAGUAUCUUUUGGGGCUGAACCACCUGGUGGGAGCCGGUGUUGUCGAGGCGUACCCGCCGUUGGUUGAUAAGAAGGGCUCAUACACGGCCCAGUUUGAGCAUACCAUUCUGAUCAGACCGACGGUCAAGGAGGUCAUCAGCCGCGGCGAGGACUACUAG